GUCAAAUAAAACCACAAUUUUAUCAUCGAGUCAACUUUCUUUGGAUUAACUUAAAUCAAAAAAGAUGUCAAAUUAUCCUGCACCUGCUGCUCUCGAGCGUCAAUAUUACUCCGAUGAAGAGGAUGACUUUUACGAGCAAGGAGUCGGAGAUGGUCAAAUACCCUUAGGCAUGCGUCAAGAAGGAUAUGGUGAAGGUUAUAAUGAUUUAUUCAUUCAACAACAACAACAACAGUUCUUACUUGCUCAAGCUGCUGCAAUGGCACAACAACAAGCACAAGAAGCUGCUAUGGCUCUUGCUUCCGUCCCCGAACCUGUCCGAAAGUAUGUUAUAUAUCUUCAUAACACACUUCUUUCGGCCAAUCCGAACGAGAUCUUGGCUGCCUAUGAAGGAGGUUGGAAUCGAUUGACCGAAAAGUUUUAUCAAAAGGCGGAGUGGCCAGAAGCCGAGAUUAUUGCACCUUUAGUCAACAAUGAUGAUGUGUUUUUAUUGUUCUACAAAGAACUUUACUACCGUCAUGUUUACUCUCGUUUACAACCUGAUAUAGAUGAUCGAUUCCAUUCAUACGAGAACUACUGUUCGAUCUUCAAUUAUAUCUUAAACUCUGAGGGACCCGUUCCAUUAGAUUUACCGGUGCAAUGGCUUUGGGAUAUUAUUGAUGAAUUCAUUUAUCAAUUUGCUUCUUUCACUACUUGGAAAGGUAGAAUGGGCAAGAAAUCCGAUGAAGAGAUUCAAUUGAUUGCUGAGAACCCUCAGGUUUGGUCUUGUUACAGUGUCCUUAACGUGUUAUAUUCACUUAUCACUAAAUCUAAGAUCCAAGAGCAAUUAGUGGCCACCAAGAACGGCCAAGAUCCAGAUGAGGUUGGCGGUGAAUGGGGAUCCCGUCCCUUGUACCGAAUGUUAGGGUAUUUCUCAAUCAUCGGUCUUCUACGUGUACAUGUUCUACUUGGAGAUUAUACCCUUGCGUUGAAGAUGAUGGACGAUAUCGAGAUGAACAAGAAAGCGCUUUACACUCGCGUGAACGCAGCGCAUGUUACGGUCUAUUACUAUGUCGCCUUCAGUUACAUCAUGUUACGACGUUACCCGGACGCCAUUCGAGCCCUGACACAUAUCUUAUACUUCCUUCAACGUCUUAAAGGUUAUCACACCCGAGGUUACCAAUUUGAUGCCAUUAAUAAACAAGGUGAUCGAAUGUAUGCCUUACUAGCAAUGUGUCAAGCCUUGAACCCAAGUAAGAUAGAUGAAAGUAUUGCAGCAACAAUGCGUGAAAAGUAUUCAGAACAAUAUGGAAAGAUGAUUAAAGGUGGUCCAGAUUCAUUAAAAUCAUUUGAAGAAUUAUUUGCGUAUGCAUCACCUAAAUUUUUAUCCUUAUCAUCACCACCAUAUGAUCGACCUGAACUUUUACCGCAAUAUGUGGCUAGUAGUAGUCCAAGUGAAAGUCCUUCCACACAUCAUCUUAAUCUGUUUUUAGCUGAUAUUAAAACUCAACUCCCGGCUCCUAGUUUACGCAGCUUUUUGAAGUUGUAUACUACUCUUGGUGUUUCUAAACUUGCUGGAUUUUUGGGUGUAGAUGAAGAAGAGGUUUUGGAAAGCCUGAUGUUACUCAAAGGAUCGAUGCGCAGUCUUAGACGUUCGGAUGGUGAUGGUGGUUUAUUGGAGGGAAAGGAGGUCGCUUUAGGUGAUUUAGAUUUUGGUAUUGAUGAUGACAUUGUGGAAAUUGCAGAAACCAAACCUGGAAGAAGAUUUAAUGAAUACUUUAUCAGACACGGAGAUAAAGCCAGAGUGAUGUUAGAACAACUUCAAUCUAGACCAUUACCGAUCAUGGGUAAAGCAUCAACAACUGCAACAACUACUGUGGUCAACACAGAAACGGAAACUUCUAAUCAAGAAAAGAAACCAGUUUGGGUGGCUAAUGUGAAUCGAUCUGCUGUAAAAGCUUGAAAAAAAGUAACGAAAAGUAUUCAAAUUUCAUCUUUGAUAAAAAAAUAGAAUUUCUAAGCGCUUGUAGCUUAAAAGAUAUGCAAAAAAAGGUUGUAUGUUUUUUGUGGAAUUAUGGUUUUUGGUGAAGUGAUAUCAAAACUUGUUUGGUAAAUCAUAAAAUGAGUCAUUG